UGCUGCCUGGGAUGCCUUGAGGAUGCUGCCUGGGAUGCCUUGAGGAUGCUGCCUGGAAUGCCUCUUCAGUGCUACCAGUGGUAUUGUGCCAUCUGAACUCACUGACAGCAGCUGAAGUAAACAAAGAAGUAGAGAACCAGUGGUAUUGUGCUGUCUGAACUCACUGACAGCAGCUGAAGUAAACAUGCAAAGAAGUGGAGAACCUGUGGUAUUGUGCCAUCUGAACUCACUGACAGCAGCUGAAGUAAACAAAGAAGUGGAGAACCAGUGGUAUUGUGCCAUCUGAACUCACUGACAGCAGCUGAAGUAAACAAAGAAGUAGAGAACCAGUGGUAUUGUGCCAUCUGAACUCACUGACAGCAGCUGAAGUAAACAAAGAAGUAGAGAACCUGUGGUAUUGUGCUGUCUGAACUCACUGACAGCAGCUGAAGUAAACAAAGAAGUGGUAUUGUGCCAUCUGAACUCACUGACAACAGCUGAAGUAAACAAAGAAGUGGAGAACCUGCAGCCCAUUGUAAAGAUGGACAUCAGGAUCCUGGAAGGCAUUGCCAUGCCAAUGGCCCUGGCAAGAAUGUUCCUGAAUGCUGCUCAUCGGUAUGAUCUGAUGCAGACUGUCAUCAAUUACCUCAAAGAGGUCCUCAUCCCAUAUUACCAAGAGAGCCUGAAGCCAACCUGCGCAGAGAUCACCAGGGCAGAAACCCGGACAUUGGGGGAUUCUGCAUUUUCUGCCAUUUUGGAAGUGUGCAACUCCCAGUUUUUACUGGGAGUGAUGCAGGACAAACAGAAGAAAUACAACAAGAUGGACACGCGGACCAGUUUCAUGUUACGGAUCUCUCUGAAGAGCCAGUUGUUAGAACGGGAUCCAGAUGAAGAGCAAGGGAACCAGUAA